UCAGAUAAGAGAAUCCACCAGCAUUGAGCACGCUGAUUACGUUGGCGGGGAUUAUAAAGACAAAAACGAUUUAAAAGUUCCCAAAUUCAAAAGGAACAAAAUCUGAUUUAAUAUUUGAUAAUUUUGAUUCAUGUCCGAUCACAAUUUGUUGUCUCCGUCAUUGCCACUGUUUUCUAUGCUUUUCAAUUUAUGCUCAAUUUUGGUGACUGCCAGCUGAAAGCAGACUCUCAGUUUUCCAAAUUAGGGUUUUUUGGGUUCCAUUUUUGGUAAAGUUCUCUGGUUAUGACGGAGAAUUCAGCUUCCGAGCUUUCGCAGGGUGAGGAAUUGACUUUGGAGAGCUCCUCCGAUCAGUCCCAGGUUUUGCAGAUUCAUGAUCAAAAGUUAAAGAAUGAAGAAACCUUGUUGGUUCAACAGUCUAGACGACCAAACCUUUCCUCAUUGCAAAUACCGGCAAGGACACUGGAAAGUAGUUUGUCCACUUUUACGAGAAUUGAUAUUCCCUCUGCGCCAAGUCCAAGUUCUAGUAGAGUUGGACUGCCGCCUAGGCCACAUUCAGCUAAGAUCAAAUCAACGGUGAAAAAUCUGUUUCCUCAAAAAAGCUUUAGGGUGAAAAAUUUGCCCCUGGAUGGUGAGAAGACCAUUCUCAUUGUACCGGACACUCCCCCAUCAGAUAGUCCUUUGGAAAAGCCUUCUACUUCACGGUCUUUCUCCCUUAAUAAGGUUUUCUUCUCUACAUCAAUGAAAGGGACACAUUCUUUACCAGUUACACCAAGUGCAAAUCUGGGUUCUGAGACUGGGCAGGGAAGACAUAUGGAGAGUCAUUCUGAUUAUCCUAGAAUUGAAGCUAAGCAUCAUAUGUCCCGCUCAUUCUCAGUUCCAGUAAAUAUUACAGGCAGAAGUUUAAGGCGGAUGGAUUCUGGAGGCAUGAUCCGUGUAAUUUCAGCAACUCCACGUCCUUCAGCAGUUGUGGGUGCCUCACCAAAUGCUGACCCAGCACUGGAAACUGCUACUGAAGAUUCUGGUGAGGAUAUUCCCGAAGAAGAAGCAGUUUGCAGGAUUUGUUUGGUUGAGCUCGCAGAAGGUGGUGAUUCUCUUAAAAUGGAAUGCAGCUGCAAAGGAGAGCUGGCGCUUGCUCACAAAGACUGUGCAGUAAAGUGGUUUAGUAUUAAAGGAAACAAGACCUGUGAUGUCUGCAAGCAGGAUGUCCGAAACUUACCUGUAACACUACUCAAAAUACACAAUCCUCAAACUGUUACUAGACGACCACCAACAAUAAUGGAGCAGAGGGAAGUUCCUCGUUACAGGGUCUGGCAGGAUAUACCAAUUCUUGUCCUGAUCAGCAUGCUCGCGUAUUUCUGCUUUCUGGAGCAACUUCUGGUAUCUGACUUGGGCCCUCGUGCUCUUGCCAUUUCUUUACCCUUCUCUUGUGUUUUAGGUCUCCUUUCAUCCAUGAUUGCUUCCACAAUGGUGAGCAGGAGCUACAUAUGGGCUUAUGCCUCCUUCCAGUUUGCCAUUGUGAUCCUGUUUGCUCACAUAUUUUAUACUGUUCUUAAUGUAAAUCCAGUUCUCUCGGUUCUACUUUCCUCAUUCACUGGGUUUGGGAUUGCAAUCAGCACAAAUUCCCUUCUGGUGGAGUAUCUUAGAUGGAAAACCAGCAGACAACUGCAAUCUUCCCAUCAACACACUAGCAAUGCAUUGCAUCGGCAUGAACUACAACUGCAGCAGCACCGGCAACAGCACCAGCAGUGGCAGCAGCAAGAAGAGCAAUAUCAACGCCAAUACCAGCAACAACGACGGCAACAAUUGAUGGAAGAUUCACAUAAUCAGUACCAGCAACUACAACGACAGCUGCAGCAGCAAGAAGAAGAGCAUCGUCAACACCAACAGGAGCAACAGCUGCAACAGUUAGACGGAGAUCUAAAUACUGAUGGUUCCAGGCAGCUAGAAGUUAGACAGGGCGCAUAGUUCAUAAAGAUUGAGCAAUUUUGGCUUCUUUGAUAGAUUUUAAAGGUUAUACGAUCGGGAAUCAGAGACUCAAAUGGCAAGUAACCUAACAAGAGGAAUGUUGUAGAAAUACUCAGAUUCUUAGGAAAGGCAGACCUGAUGGUAUGUUGUAUUCACCUGCCUUUGUGCUCGACUCCUUUACGAACAUUAUUGUAAGCGGAAACAUCUCGGGCACAACGAGGUACUCCCUGCCAAAGAGAAAGUGAAAUGCCCUGUCUUGAUGGACCAUCAAAUCUUGACGGUAGCGACGAGAAAUUUACAAAGUUUAUCUUCU